AUGCUUGAAGAUGUCAUGAUGGAAAUAGGAGGUCGAUCGGUCCCAACUGACUUUCAAGUCAUGAUUUGGGAAGGCUCAAAGAGGAAUCAACUGAUUCUUGGAACCCCAUUCCUUGCUACAGCUGGAGCGGUCCUAAACUACUUUGGGAAUCAUCUAUCUUUUGGCCACAUCCGGCAAGAUAUCUUUUUCCCAAGUGUAAAUUUCAGGUCAGUGCCAAGUGCGACCAAGCUACCACCAGAAGAAGCCACUCUCAUGCCUAAGAAAGAAGCUAUGCUGCAUGGAGAAAGAAGAGAGAGUGAGCGCUACCCAAAACCAAAGGAGAAGAAGAAAACAUUGGAGCCGAGGCAUGAAAAUGUCUUUAAGGAAAUCAACUCCAUCUCACUUCCAACCUUUGACGAGUAUGGAGCUGAAGAGGAGACUAAUGGUGCACCUAAUCUCUUUCACAAGAUAAGAAUCUUUACACCAAAAGAUUCGGAGCUUAAAGGUGACCAAUCCAUUGAAGAGAAGCUUGAGAGAACUAUGAAGCUUUUCCCCAAGGCAUUGGUUUUCAAGGAUGAAGUGAUAGAUGAUCAUGGCGCACAAAACCACCACAAGACCACUGAACCGGAGAAUGGAGAAGCUAAAGGGAUCCUUUGCCCUUCAGCCACUCUUCACCACGAUUAA